GAGGUUCUCGUUGUCUUCCGAGCAUUCGCUGGUUUUUUAAUUGGAGCUCCAGGUUCAUUAAUUUACAAUUAUCUUGGUGAAUUUCAUACAUCUAAAUUACGUGUUAAGUGCAUGUGCAUCGUCGGUUUUUGCUGGACAUCUGCAUCAUUAUUAUUACCAGGUCUGGCGUGGUUCAUUAUUCCUCUUAAAUUUUCAUUUGAAUUUGCGGGAUUUAUCUUCAACUCUUGGAGACUUUAUCUCGGAUUAAUUGGAGUCCCAACUUUUGUCCUGGGAUUUAUUCUUACUAUGUACCCGGAAAGUCCUAAGUAUUUAUUAUCUCGUGGUAGAAAACAAGAAGCCCUUGAAAUUCUUCGAGAAAUCUAUGCUGUUAAUACUGGGCGAAACAAGUCUGACUAUCCUGUAAAGGAAUUAAAGAUUUCUACUGAUGAGAUUGAUGAGAGAAAUAAAUUGUCGAUUGAAGUGACGAUCGAUGAUGCAUCUAAUUUACUUGUAAUCAAAAGACUAUUAAAAGAGGCAUGUCGAGAAAUAAAAACUUUGACAUCUACUCCUCAUGUUAAAUGGGCACUGCUCUGUUGGACUAUUUAUUUUACAAAUUUAUUCGGCUGGUAUGGCUUCGGUAUAUGGAUGCCAGAAUUACUGAACCGAUUUGAAAAUUUCUACAAACUCCAUCCAAAUAUUACAACAGCAAGUGUAAGUGAGUUAGUAUCACUGAAUCAAACAUCAACGAUACGUAAAUAUGAUUGCGAAAAUCACAGUAUGAAUGAAAAAGUAUUUGUUAACACAUUAAUAAUAAAUGCUGCGUGUUCAAUAGGAAACAUAAUGUGUAUUUACUUAUCUAAUCAUGUAGGACGACGUGCAAUUCCUGUAACAACAUUGAUUGUCUCUGGAGUUGCUGGAGUAGCUUUGUAUUUUAUAAGAUCGUCCACGCAAAUUAUAAUUGUGUCUGGCAUAUUUUCAGUAGCAAUGACAGCAGCUAAUAUUGUUUUAAAUAGUACUGUUGUUGAUAUAUUUCCAACACAUAUAAGUGCCCUCGCACUAUGUAUAAAUUCAUUCUUUGGACGUAUUGGUGCUAUCGUUAGUAAUAUUGCAUUUGGAGCACUUGUUGAUGUCAAUUGCGAAGUGCUGAUUUUUCUUGUAGCCUCUAUCAUUAUUGUGGGUGCCAUGCUAGCAUUUUUUCUUCCACCAAAAGACCCUCCCCGGGUUUUAGAGACUUAAUUUAUAUAAAUAAAAAAGUUGUUUAUUAAUUAAAAGUAAAUUAAAUAUUUGAUAAUAAAAAAGCCAUUUUUUAAUAGUUAAUCUCAUGUAUUUUUUUUUAAAAAACUUUUUUAAAAUUUUUUAGUUUUCAUAAAAAUCAAUAAAAUAAUCCAGUCAACUUGUUUGAUCUUACACAUGUAUUUACGUAAAUUGUUAUUUUUUUAUUAAUUAUUUUUUGUCAUCAACUGAUACUCCAGAUAACUGGUAUAUAGAGCUAAUACCAGUAAUCUAGGUACAUUGCGCGUGCCGCAGUCCUCAACUUUUUUUAAACCUCAUGUAGAACAAAGUACAAUUAAUUUUUUAAUUUUUUAGUCAAAAAAAAAAACAAAUUUGUUUAGUUAAAUUAAAUAAAAU